UCACUCCACUCAUCGUCAAAGGAUUCCGUCGCGCCCAAGACCUACCUCACCGGUACCUCGUGAUCGUGAAGAUUUACGACGUCAGAUUGAACGGAAUCACAUGUCAAGACGUAGCGCAGAGGAAAUCGAGGUUCUCCGCAAACGAUUGGCUGAACUUGAGACUCGACAGAAAUCACAAGAAGACUCUCCCCGACAUGUCUCGAUGUCGGGAAACGUCUUCAUUGAAGCCAACUCGCCUUUAGCCCCAGAGCUCACUGCCGAGGCGCUCCCUGCCAAAUUGCGCGCAGCCUUCCGAUCACAUUUUUUCGGAGCCCAAGUUUGUCUGAUCCCAAAAGAAUCAAUCACUAAUAUCGUGCAAAAGGAUGAUGAAACUGUGAAAGACUACAUAUCACGGUUCAAUGACCGUAUUCAGAACAUGGAGCCCUGUCACCCUGAGACCCUACUAGUAACUGCAAUUGCCGGGUUAAAACCCAAUUUAAUGUUUCGCUGGACCCUAUGUCAGAACAAGCCGGCUACCUUUCAAGAAUUUCUUGUACGAGCUCAACAAUUCAUUAUCGCCGAGGAAUCGAUGUCGGUUCCUAGCUUCGACUUCUCGGCGAAGGAAAGCAAAACUGAAUCGGAUGCUAAAAAGAAGAAUAAAAAGAAUUUCGGGAAAGCGCAAUAUCGCAAUUAUUCAAAAGGAUAUGAAGAUACUCCGGAAUCUCGUGCUGCUCGAGACCAAUACGCCGCCGACGUAAGGACGGGCUAUCAAACCGUUUAUUCGGCCAGAGCGGCUACAAUUUUCGAGGAACUGAAAGGGAAGCGAAUUAUUCCUGAUCCAAGACCACUCCGUGCUGCCGUAUCAAUUUUCCAUAACGCCCUGAAGUUCCCAACCAUUGAAGGAGAAGACACUCAUUACGGAGAUCAACGAGAAGCCCGAAGUCUCACGUUGCUCUCAACCUCGCGGAACUUUCAUAUGAUUGAAGAGCGGGAUACUGAUGACUCUAUUGAGUUGAAAAAUCUAACUCCUCCUGACGCUCAAAGGACCAGUCAAUUCGCUUCAGAUACCGACGUCCUUCUUCUUGCAUCUACCGAUGUCCCUGCGACGUCGGAUUCGCCUGAAACAUUAAAUGAUCCCCUUAAUCAAGAACAGUCUUUUCAUGAGAAAGGUAUAGGAAUACACGAAGAUAUGGAUCCACGGAUGCAAUUCAAAGAUAAGAAUCACCAUGCCCGAGCGGAACCAGUUGAGGAUGUCGAAACUAUUUACGUGGAUGGAUUAACGCGGGAAAAAUCAUUGCGCAUUGGAGCUAACCUUCAAGAACCCAUACGUUCGUGUUUAAUUCAAUUUCUUCAGUCAAAUUCCGACGUAUUCGCCUGGAAGCAUGAAGACAUGAAAGGAAUAGACCCGCAGAAAGCAUGUCAUUGCUUAAAUUUGGAUAAGACCGUCAAGCCUGUUAUACAGAAACGCCGAAAAUUCGGCCCCAAUCGCCAAAAGGCUCUUGAAGAGGAAGUGAACAAGCUCAUAGACAAUAAGUUCGUCAAAGAAGCCAAAUACCCGACGUGGAUAUCAAAUCCUGUCUUGGUUAAGAAAGCCACCGGCCUUUGGCGUCUGUGCAUUGAUUUCUCGGAUUUGAAUCAAGCAUGCCCGAAAGAUAGCUAUCCAAUUCCACACAUUGAUUACAUGGUAGACGCUACAUCGGGACAUCAACUCAUGAGCUUUUUAGACGCCUAUUCCGGUUACAAUCAAAUUCCCAUGCACCCUGAUGAUGCUGAACAUACUUCGUUCUAUUCAGCCCGAGGCCUUUAUAGCUAUGUCAUGAUGACUUUUGGAUUGAAAAAUGCUGGGGCCACAUACCAAAGGUUGGUUAAUAAGAUGUUCGCUCAUUUGAUCGGUCGAACAAUGGAAGUUUAUGUAGACGACAUGCUGGUGAAAUCGGAACAAGCCUCUGAUCACAUCACUCAUCUUUCCGAAGUCUUUGACAUUCUCCGAGAAUAUUACAUGGUGCUUAAUCCUAAGAAGUGCACCUUUGUAGUUGGAUCAGGGAAAUUUUUAGGAUAUAUGGUGAGUCAGAGAGGAAUUGAGGCUAAUCCUGCCAAGAUCCAAGCUAUACUUGAAUUGGCUCCCCCGACAUCUAUCAAAGGUGUCCAAGCUUUAACUGGUCGACUAGCAGCUCUUAACCGAUUCAUUUCAAAGUCGACGGACCUUUGUAAGCCGUUCUUUGACGCUAUCCGAAAGAAGAAGCCAUUCGAAUGGACCGUGGAAUGUCAGAAUGCUUUUGACAACAUCAAAGAAGUUCUUUCACGAUUACCGACGUUGCAGAAACCUCUUCCUGAUGAACCUUUGUACUUGUAUUUGGGUGUAAGUGACGUUGCUGUUAGUGCUGUUCUAAUACGACAAGAUGGACUUCAGCAAUUCCCGAUAUAUUACGUUAGCAAAGCUCUAAUCAUUAGCUUUUGCUCUAAUCAUUGCUGCACGAAAACUGCGUCCAUACUUCUUGGAACAUUCUGUCAUUGU